UUCCGUACUCCAGCGGCGGUUCGUCCACACUCGCGUGUAGCCGCACCCGGCUUGACGCUCUUCAGUUUUGUAGAAAUAACUUUUAGAAGCAGUUGCGAAGAAAGUUAAUCGGUGAUGCAAACAAUUCUUUAAGAAUUGUUAGUAGUGACAGUAUCAGUGAGGUGAAGUGCGUCACAGUUUCUGUGAGUUCGAUCUUUUUGGGCGUUCUGUACAAGCAGAGCCAGCGCGGCGCGCACGAGAGGCCGCCUCUAGAAAAAGAGCGCGUCUCACGCGUUGCGCUACAUUGGAGUAUGCGAUGUUCGCGAAAAUAUCAGAAAAACUUUAGAAAUGAUAAAAGUGCAUACAUUAACUAAAAAUAAUUUAUAAUUGUGUAUUACUGCUUUUGAAAGUGUGGAUUUGUGAGGAUUUUUGGCCGGUCGAACCGGGAGUAAGAAAAGAGGCUGGCGCGCACCGAAGCUACCUCGGGAAAAGACCGCGUCUUGCAGGUUCGUGGUGUGUUGCGGUAGCUAUUGUGUGACACAAUUGUCCAGGCUUAUCGACAUUCUUAGAAUUAUCGUAUGUGUCAUCGUAUAUAAUAAAGAUGAUAGAACUACGAAAUAUUCUGCGAACAGUCUGUGCACAGUGUCAACGCAUAUGAAGGUAUACGGGAAUCGCAACCGGCAGCGAUAUAUCCCGCGUGGUACGUAUACGCACGUAACAUACAUCUAAGUACGAUACGUAUGUGUGGCAUGCACAUUUAUAAGGACUAUGGACUCGUGAAAUCGUUGUCGUUAGUCGCGUGUAUCGAAGUGGCCUGUCGCGAAGCGCGUUUACAGAGAGAUCCAACACUGUGGAAAACUUAACGAGAGAGAGAGAGAUCAGAAAGAGGAGAGGUAUUCGUUGUUCGACGAUUGGCGCGUGGCGAAGACAUUCGAUGGUCACUUGGCACGUAUAUAGUGUAAUUAUUUCCCAGUUAUCCCAUUUUGUCUUUGUAAAGAAAAAUAUUAUUUAUGGGUACAUGGAUCGGUGCAUUUUCACGAGCGAAACAAAAGAGGAAGAACAAGCAGUUUCCAACCAAUACGAAGACCGUUCUCUUUGUUCGGUAUUGCGAUACCUCGCUAACGAUUUGUUCGAAUUUUAAAUCGUGAUUCACGACGAUUACCGGAAGGAAGUUACCUACGUGGAUACCAGAAUAUCUUGACAUCGUAAAAAGUGCGUACAAAGGGUGUGAAAUGCGUCGCGCUGCAGUUCGAUGUUCGAUCCAGUAGCGGCGGACGACCUGACUUUGUUAGAUUGCUUCUCGACGUGUACACCUCUCGGCUUUAGUCCAACAAUGGAUCAGCGCAGCUACAGUAUACAAUUCGAAAUUCUUUUCCGGUAGCGGAUAAAACGAUAAAAAGUGAUCACUCGCGUGCUCCAUUCUGAGCUGCGUUUAAUCGCUUUAUUCAGUGAUUAAUGCUAAACAUUUAGUAGACAUUUCGCGCGUUCCGAAUGCGCCAUAGAUUUUGUACAUUAUUGACUUUGUCGAUCCGUGCAAUCGAUAAUAUUGCAUCACGUUAAUGAGUUUCUUCAGUUGUGUUAUUUUUUUCAUCCAAGCUAAGUUCGUAGAAUUAAAAAGCUAAACAAACAUAUAUAUUGAAACAUUGAGAUAUGUGCUUUUAUUAUAAGAUAUUACUUGACUUGUUUAUAUGCGUAAAAAAGUUCUGCGCUUGAUAUGAAGCGGUAUGGACUGUUUCUACUAUAAGAAUUAUCGACAUUUUAUCUACUUAUUCUUUCUAAUAAUAAUCAAGAACUUUUAAUAUUUACGCAAUGAUAAGUUGAAAUAAGUAUCACAAGAUUUUCAUUUACACAUUAUGUUACAAAAAUAAGGAAAUAAAAAAGAAAAAAAAAUUACAUGAAAAUCAACUAAGUGAUAAAAUAGAAGCGAAUGUAUACGCGCAACAUAUAAAAUUUUUGCCGGCCGUUAUGACAUCAAGCGUGAAUGUAUUCAGCACCGUAAAAACGUGCAGGAAACAUUGUGAAAAUAAUUUAUAUCAGUUUGUUUGUAAUUAUCAUAUAAACGUAAGUUGUCAAAUAUUUUAUUGUGCCAUAGAAGGUUUUAUUGUCGCAUAAUAAUGCAGCAACACCGGGUGGAAACACAAAUUCUCCAUGAGGAGCAAAUCCUGGAGGCAAUAGAUCAGUUACGUCGACGUAAAGCUCGACCUGAUGCUGAUCGUAUCUGCAAUUAUUUACUACGGAAAUUUUCUGUGGAUGCACGAGAUACUAUUGCUGAUCUUCAUCGGUUGAUUGAAGCGGAAAAAGUCAUACAAGUUGACUAUAAGGGUAACACUAGUUACCGAAAUGCUUCAAAAUGGUCACGAUUACAACUUUAUAAAAAUCGACCGGAGGGUUUUGUGAAGGAGAAAUUAAAUUCUGGGAUGGUAGCAGGUGCAGUAGCUGAACUUGUUGUUGAAGAACCAGAUUAUCUUGAUCAAGGUGUACCAGCUUAUAGGCUAAUUGAACAGCUACUUGAUGGUGUUUCAAAUCCUACUUCUAGACGUAUGGUAGAAGAUUUUCUCGGAAAAGAGGUAGCCAGUGGUAAUUUAACGCGUUUGUCUAAUGGCAAUUACUCGCUGGUGGCGACGUCUGACAUGACAACCACCGCUGAGCCAACACAUCGAGAAUCUUUUACCCUCGAGAAUGGAAACGCGCGACGUAAGGAAUUACAAACUGUUUCCUCGACCACAGGUGGUCUUUAUGAUUUUGACGAAACAGAAAACUUGACAAUUACGGACUCUAGGUCAAAUACACCCAGAUCUUCACAUCAGGCAAGCCCCAAAUCUGAUCCUCAGAUCAGAAAAGAAGAAUGUUACGAGAUAAUCGUCGGAAGAAACGAAAAUACCGAAUCAUCGGUAGAACACGAUUCUAUAAAAGAACAAGAAUCACAGGAACCAUCACAAACUUCUAUCGAAGAUGUGAAAGAAGAAUUCAAAAAUACAGAUAACCAGACUCAUAACCUUAAAAGGUCGUCAAAAGCUGAGCGUAAACAGCGCUUACUUGUUCGAACAGACGAUCCUAUGGACAUAGAGAUCAAAUUUGAAGAUUAUCGAAAAGAUAAUAAAGAAGAAAUAAAUUCGCAAAAAGAAAAAAGAGAAGAGACUGGACAUCUUAGUGAAGAACGAGAAGACGAAGAUGCAGGAAGAAGUUCUACUAAUCCUUCACCUACACCAUCCAAUACUAAUGUUGGUGGUUUUCGUAGUGCUCGUAGAAAGAGAGCAAAAAAAGUGUUUGAUCCUUCUGAUAAUAAUCUUGUGAAAAGAAAACGUGGAAGACAACCAGGUUCACAAAAUAAAUCUACUAUAUCUCAAGAAUCACAAGAUUCUUCUAAAACAACUAUUAAAGAUGGACCUUGCAGGCAAUGUAGUCUUUGUGCCAAAGAAAAACAAGAAAACUUAGUUGCUUGUCGUGAUUGUACUGUACGAGCACAUCCAAGUUGUAUUUAUAGUCCAGAAGAAAUGAUUCAAAAAGCAGGUAGUAAUUGGCAAUGUGAACGUUGUAAAAGUUGUACAAUAUGUUGUGAAACUUCAGAUGCUGGACCACUUGCAACAUGUUUUACUUGUGAUGAAGCUUAUCAUUAUUAUUGCCAUACACCACGUAUAAUAAUUCCUAAAUCAAAUUCAAAAUGGCAAUGUAAUGAUUGUAUUCAAAAGCAAUAUAAAACAAAUAUAAAUCAGAAUAUUCAUUUGGUCACUAACAGACCUGAUACACCAUCAAAUCCUCCUGUUUUACCUCCAGUGUUAAGUCCUCAAGUUUCCCCUGCUAGAGGAUCUUCUGAUCAAAUGGAAGAUGAUGGUCCAAGAGAUGGAAUUGAUCCAAAUAUACCUGAUGCUUCAGAUUGGACAUCUGAGCAAGUAUAUCAAUAUUUUGCAAGACUUUUUCCAAAAGAAGCAGAAGUGUUCAGACAGCAGGAUAUUGAUGGUCAUUCUUUAUUAUUAAUGAAACGGUCUGAUGUAUUAAGUGGACUUGAUUUACUUCUAGGUCCAGCAUUAAAAAUAUAUAGGCAUGUAUUAAAAUUACAAGUGCGACGAGAUGAUCCAAAACUUUAUUGGCUGUAAAUGCUUUAGAAACUUAAGGUUAGAAUUAUUAAUUAUAUUGUACAGAUUGAUUUUUUUAUAUUUAAAAAUUGAGUAUUUUUUUGAUUCGAGAUAGUUUUUCAUACUGUAUAUAUUGUAGUUAUCUUGAAUUAAAAAAAUAAUUCUUUAUUGUAAAGAAAAU